AUGCCCAAAAGAAAGGCUGAAAGGGAUACUAAAGGAUAUAAACCCAAGGUGAAGCACGAACCACAGAGAAGAUCUGCAAGGUUGUCUGCUAAACCUGCUCCUCCAAAGCCAGAGCCCAGGCCUAAAAAGGCCCCUGCAAAGAAGGGAGAGAAGGUCCCCAAGGGGAGGAAGGGGAAGGAUGCGAAUAAUCCUGCAGAAAACGGAAACGCCAAAACAGACCAGGCACAAAAAGCUGAAGGUGCUGGAGAUGCCAAGUGAAAUGUGUGCAUUUUUGAUAACUGUGUACUUCUGGUGACUGUACAGUUUGAAGUACUAUUUUUUAUCAAGUUUUAUAAAAAUGCAGAAUUUUGUUUUACUUUUUUUUUUUUUUUU